AUGAACAGGUAUAUCAUAAGACGUAACAGUAUAUGGGACAAGAUUGUGUUUAAGAAGAUUCAGGCAUUGUUUGGUGGUAAAGUUGAUAUUGUUAUCACAGGUUCUGCCCCACUAGAAGCUGAAGUUUUAACUUUCUUUAGAUGUGCUCUUGGUUGUGUGUUUCUAGAAGCAUACGGGCAAACAGAAACUGUUGCGGCGGUAUCAAUGGGAAUAGUUGGGGACUGGAGCGCAGGACAUGUUGGACCUCCGUUGCCAUACACCUACAUCAAACUGUUUGAUGCUCCUGAAUAUAAUUACUAUGCUAAAAAUAACCAAGGGGAGGUGUGUGCUAAAGGAGUCACUAUCUCAAGUGGAUAUUAUAAAGACCCAGUAAAAACAGCAGAAACUAUUGAUAAGGAGGGAUGGCUUCAUACAGGAGAUAUUGGACAAUGGUUACCUAAUGGUACAUUAAAAAUUAUUGACAGGAAGAAAAAUUUGUUCAAGUUGUCACAGGGAGAGUAUGUGGCUCCGGAGAAAGUAGAACUGGUUUAUAGCCGGAGUUCAUUUGUGGCUCAAUCUUUUGUAGAAGGUGAUAGUCUUCAGCCGUAUGUGAUGGCAGUGAUUGUACCUGAUGAAGAAGUUUUAAUGUCAUGGGCAAAAUCUCAAAACAUUUCAGAUAGUUUCCAGAAACUGUGCAAAAGUGAGAGUGUUAAGUCAAUGAUUCUACUGGACAUACAGAAAACUGCUCGAGAAGCUGGUCUCAAAGGAUUUGAAAUUACUAAAGAUAUCAUUUUGCGAUCAGAACUAUUUUCUAUUGAGAAUGGACUGUUAACACCUACAUUCAAAAACAAGCGCCCACAGCUACGCAGUUUCUUCAAAAAUGACAUAGCAGCUUUGUACAAGAAACAUAGUGGUGGGUCAGGUUAAAGGAAAGGGAAAAAAACAAACAUUUGAACAGGAUUUCCUAUGAAUUUGUGUAUUAUGAACUUUGAUUUUGAAAACCUAGUGUUACAGUUAAAACACUCAAAAUUGCAGUUUUUGUCCAGUCUUAGACAUAUUAGCUAAUUAAAACCUUUGCUAGAUUUAAACAUUUAAUUUUAAUAAGAUACAGAAAUAUAAAGGAGGAAUUCAUAAGAUAGUAAAAAUGAUGUCAUUCAUACUAGUGAUAUGAAUAUUUUGGUAGAAUUAUUCAGGUGUACACAUAUACAUGUACUCGUAUUUUAUGUUCAGUACUCUAACAACAAUAUAGCAAACCAAUACUUUUUUAACAUAGUUACAGGAUUUGAUUUUCCUUCAUUAAGUCAUGACUUUGUGUUCAAUUUAAUAUACUGGAAUUAAUGUUAAAAAAUAACAAAUAAUGCCCCUCUCUAACAAAAAAAAAAAACAACAACAAAAAAACUUAAUGACAAAAUACAAUGUAGCUCUCAUUAUGAAUUAAGCCAUUUGUUAUAAAUCCAACUAUUUAUUAGCACAAAAUUAAUGUUAAUUCAUCUGAUGCUUCUAGUAUAAUAUACAGAGGAAAAUAAUACAAAAAAGUAAAAAUUCUUUAUACUUUGACUAAAUUAAAUAUUACUAUUAUCUUUUAAUUAUAGCCCGCUAUAUAUACCUUAUUAAACAGGUAAGAAUGAUUUGUAAAAUGUUAAAAGGUUGGCACAGUUGUGAGACAAGGGGCAUUAUUCUGAAAGCAAUAUAAUAUUUUUAGAGUAAUGCCCCUUUUUACCUUAAAUUUGUUAGUCAAAAUAGCUUAUAAACUAGAAGAUUUCAAAACUACGAAAGGUAUCAACAUGAGACUUGGAAUACUUGCCUAUCAUGCAAAAGCACAUAAUUAUGCAAGACAAGGGACAUUAUUCUAAAAGCUUUAUUUAUGGAGUUAUGUCCCUUCUUAACUAAGAAUUUUGUGCUUAUUUGUAAAAUGAUUUGAGAACUAUCAUGGUAUCAACAGGCAACUUUGUUUAUUUUAUUAUCAUGACAACACAGACAGUUGUUAGACAAGAGGUAUUAACCCUUCAAGCAAUAAUGCUAUGCUCUUAUUUAAGGAUGUGGGGUAUUUGAUUUUUUACAUCUUCUGAUAAUUUCACUAUCUUUAUCAUUUUUAAAUUUUGGUCAGAGAUUAGUUACAAGAUAUUUUUAUACAUGCUUACAAGAUCUGUUUAUGAUUUAUAAACUGACCCCCCCCCACCCCCUCACAUAUUUUGAGAAAUGUGAGUUUAAUAGAUUUUAUCCCAAAUACCCCAAGUGAAUUUCAAUAAUUUUCAAAAAUAUUCAACACGAUAAUUUUUAAAACUCGGUAUCUGGAAAUUAAUUCCACAUGGGUAUUAAUGGGAUAAAAUGUUUUGGCCUCAAAUGUAAUCUUUUGUUAGAUAUGCUCGAAGGUGUUCCCACAAUUCUCAAAAUGUGUCAAAGUUUUUGUUGAAUGAUUGUCACAUAUUCCAUUUAUAUAUUGUAUUCUAUUAUGGUCACCUAAAUACUUAGCACAUUCCGUUUAUAUAUUGUAUAUAAUUAUACAUUUGUACUUAUAAAUACUUGACACUAUUGUUACAUUUUAGAUUUUGUGUGUGCAUUUUUUUUAAAUACAAAUAUUGAAAAAGAUAUGAAAAUAAGUAACAGCUGGCUCAGUUCAUUUAGAAUCUCAAACCACAGCUGAUUUUUAGAGUGAGGCUGCGGAACUCCAAAGGUCAAAACCACCUCAUCUGCUGGAGUUAAGAGAGGCGUAGACUCCAGUAAUUCAAACCUAUUUAGUUGCCUUGUAUGAUCACGCAUGGAUAAACAGUGGCUGUAACUCUGAUGCCUCAACCCCUCAGUCAGAAGGGGAAAAAUAUGACAAUGUAUAGUAGUAAGUACCAUUUCAGGUAUUUUGUUUCUUCACUCUUAUAUUGUGAUUUCAUUUAUUAUGUUUUAUUUUUAUGUCUGAAAACCACAGAGACUUUUGACUUGCACUAACUCAGUAUUAAACAGAAUGCUUGAAGUCUGUGUCUUCACUAACCACUUGCAAAGUAAUUGUUUUCAUUAUACCCAUAUUUUUAUGUGAGCUUAUGAAAUAAUUUUUCUUCUAUACAUGUACCCGUACAUUUUAAUACUAAAUCCUGGACACUUGUGUUGUUUACUCUGGUAACUCAAAUAUUUUUAUGCAAAAUUAUUUUGGGGACCAUUUUGACAAAAGUGAUUGAUAAAAAUAUAUUUUUAUAAACAUGAAAUGGUAAAUGAUAUUUUUAUUAUUUUUAAUGCUCAGCUUAAAAAGAUACUGUUGAUAUCAUGUAUGUAUUUUGGUAGAGAUGUUUCUUUCACAAUAAAAUAUAUAUAUAUAUA